AUGGGCCGGUUUAAACCGCUUCCUCCGGGCGGGGAAAGGAAUGGGUGAUUAUUUUAUAAUUUAUCGGCCUCAUAUUAAAAAAAAUUUUUUUAUAAAUAGUAUUAUACUUGAUCUAUGAGAGUAAUAACUUCACUUAUCAGGUUCAAAAACCCGACGAUCACAAGAAACGCUCUUAGUGAUGCAGAGUUCGAGAAAGAAGUCAAGACUAAGCUGGAGCAGUUCAAAAAGAGCGAUAGUAAAGGUUUUUUCUUUUCGAAAUUAUUAAACGAAAUUGGAGAAUAAUUUUUCAGAAAUGAUUUUGCCGCCGAUGGACAGAACCUGCAGAAAGAAAUGUCACGAGAUCGCGUGUAUGAUGGGACUUUUGACGAGAAGCUCCGGGUUUGAAUAAGAUAAAGGUAUUCUCAAAAUGAUUCCAAUUUACAGGGAAGAGCCGGAUCGCAAAAUAAUGCUAACAAAACGGAUUUACGGCAGGAUCAUCCACAAAGGAAGCGUCGUCGAUAACAAUCCGAUUGAACUGACUCCCAAGGCGAAAUCUGCGGUAAGCUGUUCCGGACGUUUCUGUAAAGUUCAUUCAGGGGCUUCAAAAAAAACAUUUAAUAGAAGUUUUCAAACUUUCUGGAAAUAUUAACAGUCCGUAUUUUCCUGCAGAUCGAAACUCUGAUCGAGCAACAUCCAAUCAGUGAGGACGAUGUAGAUGCCCACCUAUUUCAAUCAUCUAAAGGUAAUCAUAUCAUCGAUUCGAAGUGAGAAAAAGAGAAAGUUUAGCCCCAAAGGAGAGAAAAACAACAGUCGAAUUCCGUGGCUCGAUGCUGAUUCCCCCAGCCAUCCCCGAUAACCCGCUUCACAGCUUCAGGUAUCCGAUUUUUCUGUUUGUUGAAUGUCAAGGAGGCAAUUUUAAGGAGAAAACUACCUUCUUUUGCUUUUCGCGAAGAAAUUAUUCAAUCGGUCAGAAAAAAUACGGUCGUCAUCAUCACAGGUGGAACGGGUUGCGGAAAAACUACUCAGGUAAAUGACUUUUUUCUUUUAUUUGAAUAUUUCCCAAUCUCCAGGUCCCACAAUUCCUACUGGAAGACGCCCUGUCGAACCACGAAAAGAUCCGGAUUUUCUGCACCCAGCCGCGUCGUUUGCCCGCCAUCGCGAUUUCGGAAAGAGUCGCCAAGGAACGCGACGAGAACAUUGGAAAAACUGUUGGCUAUCAUAUCCGGCUCGAGCAAAAGUCAGUAUUUCUCAUUAUUUUAGAGGACUCUGUGUAGCUUGUCCGUUAUCAUGUCUCGAAAAUGACUUUUUUCUUUUCAUCAUCAUUAAACACUGUCACAAAGUGUGAAAAUUGAAUGGAAAGUUCAAAUUUGAAUGAAAUUAACUUAUUUGAAGAUUUUUUCGAUUUUUGAUGCACAUUUUUGUAAAAAUUGGAAGAAGUAUGUAAGAAUUGAAGUGAAAUAACUCAUCUUUUAGUGCACCUUUCUUGCAGAAAAAAAUAAACUUUGGGAAAAAUAAACUUUUGGGAAUUUUUUUCGUUUUUUUAUUCGAAUUGCAAUUCGAAUAAAAAAAUCGAUCAUAAUGUUUUUUUCAGAACUUCGCCACAGACGAUUUUAACGUAUUGCACGAGUGGAGUUUUGCUGAGAAUGUUGUCUCACGACCCGACCGCCAAGGGCAUUUCUCAUAUUAUUUUGGUUCGUUCUUUUUCUCAAAAAAAUGAUUCCCUCCGAAAAACGCUAUAAAUCAUCCAAAUUUUCAAUAUUUUUCAAUUAUUGGGCUUUGACAACCCAAAAAGAGAUCACUCUUCAAAACGGUCACGAUUCAGAAUUAAAAAGAAAACCGUUUAUGUUUUCAUUUGGAUAUAUAUUUUUCAAUUCUGCUAUUCUUUUCUAACACUUCACCGUUUUUUUUUUUAAAUUUUUUUAAAAUUAAUAUUUUCCAGGACGAAGUUCACGAGCGGGAAACCAACACAGAUUAUCUUCUCAUAGCCUUGAAACAUGCUCUACGAAAAAGAAAUGAUCUUAAGGUGAACAAUAAAAUGGAAAAUGUCGUUGUUCAAUCAUUGUUCCAGGUGAUUCUGAUGUCAGCCACGUUGGAAGGAAAUUUGGCCUUGUUCAAGAAUUAUUUCGACGCUCCCGUCAGAGUUGUUCAGAGUGCGUUUUGAUUUUUCUGAAUUGUGUCGAAAAUAGACAUUUCAAACUUUUUUAUUUUCGAGCAUUUGAUCAAACUUCGCGCAAAGUGACCAGGUGUCUCAAUGGGUGUACCCGUAAUAAACCCGUGUUUUUAGGCUAUUUCAGUCUCAGUUGGGCUAAAACGGGGGAAACAACAGGUGUAAGAAAAAUAGGUGACCCAGCUGUGCUGAAGCGGGGGUAAAAACUGUCGAAAGUUCUACCAGCUGUGCUCCUACGGGUUCAAUAUGGUUUACCAUCCCCAAAGGGCGGCCCAUUUCAGCGCAUUUUUGAAUUUGCGCGCAAAAGGCUAGGGGAGGAUCCCAGCCAUAGAAUGCUCUAGUGACAUGUCCGCCCUUUUUUUUGACGUGAAAACGCGAUUUUCUCUCUACCAAAAUAUCUGAAUCUCCUUGGUUGGAUCGCGACGGGGAUCGAACUUGUGACUUUUUGGAUCGUAGACAGGCACACAACCUGGUGCGCUACGGCGCGUCGUACUUUUCUUAUCACUUUUAAUGAGUUGGGAAUCGCACUUUUUCCAGUUGAGUCCAAGUGGUUCGACGUGCAGCGGUUCUACGCAGACGACGUCCUGGCGAUGGUCGGCUACGUGCCUCCGAAGGGAAUGUUCGACACAGUGCUGACCGUCGCUGGGUCUGACUUCCCUGUUAUGGACUCGUGGACCGGAGCUCCGGAAAAAGCCGAAUGGACGGCUUCUUCCAGCGGCAAAACCCAUUGGGAGCCGCCUCACAUGCAUCAAGCCCAGGUUCAUCUUUCUCACUUCGUUCUUGUUGAAAUAUUCGAAAAAAUUUUGAGUCACGUUUUAUUUAAAAGUCGAGUUCUUCGAAUAGGUUGGCACAAAAUAACGGGUCUUUUAGAGUGUUUUCUCAAUUGGAAGAUGAUGAAAAUGUGUAGAUCCAAAAGAAACUUUCUAAUUUCAAAUGUGAUCUCUAAUAUAAACCAAUGCCGUUCGGAACGGUUGUCCUCUUUGAAUCCUAGCUUGGGAAUGAAAUAUUGAUUGAUAAACUCGAUGAUAAUUCUCAGAAGACCAUCCUAAUAUAAUGUAUUACGCGUGAUCUUUUGUCAAAAUCACCCCAGAAUUCAUUCAGACGAUGCCGAACCUGGGCCGAGGCUACGUCCAAGACGUCGAGAACUUCUAUCCGCCUCAACAUCCUUCCAUGAGCUCCAAUGAUCUGAAUCAUGUGGAACAACACCAAAACUACAUGAACAUGGCUCAUAAACUUGCGAGGCAUGUAGACUUUUGUUUUGAUUUUAAUCCCUUUUUUUGCAGUUCUCAAUCCUCUACCCACCUGUCAUACACUCAGCCGGUCCAACCUUUCGCUCAAAUGUCCGUUUCCCACGACCACUAUCCCAUGCAACAGUGCAGCUUCUACCAGGUAUCCGCCUUUUCCAGUUCAACGAGAUAAAAUCGAGUCUUUCGCAGAACCAUAUGCCGGUGGAAGGUCCCUACAGACAAGGCCAACAGCAGAUUUUCGAGAAAUGGACCGCCGGUCCCUAUGUGAUGGACGAUGGAUUCGUCGUCAGCGAGGACUACAUGAACCACAUGCAGACCCAAAUGGGAUUCUAUGGUUAUUCAUUUGAUUUGAUAUAUUUAUCUGUGUACAAGACCAAGAUAACAUGUACAUGAUUGAUGAACAGGAAGAAAAUCAGCAGAUAAACCCUUUUUUUUGUUUGAAGCCGUUAGGAGCCUCUGAGGCUGUAAAGUAAAAUGGAGGGAAAAGGUUUUUCUUCUUCUUUUUUUUGCCUUCUCUUUCAAAACGAUUACCAUUUUCUGCCUUUAAUUUCAUUUAUUAUGCUGCGUGUAGAGUUAAUUUAGACGCGACGAUUCUCUUUAGGGCUGGUAAGUACGCUUAAGUGGCCUCUUCAACAUAAUUGCCCGCGUUUCCCCGAAUUUCCUUGAACCAAUGUUAAUUUCAUUGAUUUUCGAGUCUAAGGGUUUCAUGGCCUGGAAAAAAUUUUGAAUUUUUUUCAGCUUGAGUGGUUAGGUUAUUUAUGCAUUUUUUGCGACUUUUGAAGAAAAUACAGAAAACUUAUUGAAAAAAAACUCAAUUUUUACUUUUAUAAUUUCCCACCAGAAAAAAAACUGAUCAGGACCGGAAUUUAUGAAAAGCUUUGUUUUUUUUCAUUUAAGAAUUUCUCUGUUCAAAAAAAGACUUGGCUUUCACGUCGCAGAAAAAAAAAACAACAAAAGUAUAGGAAGAAAAAGGAAAUAGUUUUUUUUCCUUGAAUCGUUUGAAAGAUGAAAUGAAAUUAGAAAGAAGUUCAGAAAGUCUUUCUACAGAACACCCGAUGCAAGCGGUUCCUGUGCAGAACUGGCAGAACGACGGCCAACAGACGCAAUACGUCGACUACGGAAGUUCCUCCUACAGUAAUGGCCAUUACCUUGCAAGUUACCCCUCUGCUGUUAGUUUCUCUCUUGGCUCAAAAAGGUGCUACGACAAGUGCGAUAUUUCCAUUUCAAUCAUAUAGCUUGUUGUUUUAGUUGUACUUGACUAGGCGGUGAACAAGAACUCUUAAAGACAUAACGAGCCUCCGCUUUCGGCGAGCUAGAAGCCUCAAUAUGUAGUUGAUCGAGAAAAAACUUUUCACGGUAAAAAAUAUACAAAAUCCGGUUAGGACUUCAUCGGAAUGUAAUAUAACGACAGGAAAACCGGUUCUAGGAAAAAUGCGAGUUUCAAUUUAUGAAAAAUACUGUAACAAAAAAAAGCGAAGCGCACGCUUGUAGCACCUAGAAUAGUUUCAUUUCAGAAUGGCCGAGCAAAUGAGCCCAUGUUCUACGUUCCGUCGACAAGCGACUCGGCUUCGAAUCAAGUUAUCUAUUUUUGUGUUUCGGAUUCCACAUUUUCCAUUUCAGAUGUCUUAUCCGGCCCCUCAGAAGAACGAAACUCAGCCGAGAGGCCUCAGCGGCUUCGGAGCUAGCGACUUCGGGGUAAUUCGCUUUAGAAGAAGAAGAAAAAAUAACAAAAAACGUGGCUUGCGUUUAACACACGUUCUCCGAGAUUUUCGAUUAACCCUUGGUACAAAAAUUUCAUCUUUGUUCCUGAGAGCUCUCCUUGCUAUGAUAGAUAGUGGACAACCUCUUGAAUAUUUAGAACCAGGUUUUAUUAGGCUCCGCCCACUUUCAGGCUUACUGUAGAAAAAACACCGUAAAAACCAAACUUUUUUCCUAGCGGAGCAAAUUGGUCCAAACCAAUUUUGAAACAAAAUAUGUUCCCUUUUGACCAUUUAAAGUUAUAGAACUGACGCGGAAAAAAUUUUCUUUCAGAAGAAAAAAAUUAAAGUUUUUUGAAAAAUGACGAUUUUCGCAGUCUUCAAGUCAUAACUAGUACUAGAACCCCCGAAUGCCUGGAUUUUUAUUUUUUCAAUCGACGCGUUAGGGUCUUGUGAGUAGAGGAAAAAUGUCUAGAAACUCUGAAUCCGGGUGAUCCAGUUGACCUCCAUCUCGGAGAACGCGACCAACUUGAAAAUCGCAGAACCUUUGAAAAUUUCUAUUUUUUGUGAAAGCCGGAUUCUGUCUUGUUUCUUAUUUUUGUUCAACAUACGACAGCUUGCUGCAAAAUUACAGCUCAAAAGUAGCGAGCUGGAACCCUUUAAAAAAAAAAAUUUCUGACGUUUUUCCAAUUUUUCGUUUUUUCGGCAUUUUCAAACUUUUUGCUCUAACUAGUACUAGAACCCCCGAAUGCCUGGAUUUUUAUUUUUUCAAUCGACGCAUUAGGGUCUUAUGAGUAGAGGAAAAAUGUCUAUGAACUCUGAAUCCGGGUGAUCCAGUUGACCUCCAUCUCGGAGAACGCGGCCAACUUGAAAAUGACUAAAUUUUUAAAAAUCAGUUACUUUCUUGGGAGCAGGAUUUUCCCUCACUUCUUUUUGCCAAUCAGACACAAUCCACUCAACAAAAAAUUGGAACAAAAAGUUAUGGCUCUCAAGCAUGACGAAAUUUUUUUUUUCCAAUUUUUCACUUUUUCGGAUUCAUUGUUUUUUUCUUUCCUUUCCAAGCAUUGAGCUCUACUGGAUUAGGAUACCAGGAAUGCUUAGAGUUUUUUCGUUGUACUGAUCCGUUACAUCUUCCCAAGUUCUUUAAAAAUAUUCCCAAGCUCUGUUUCCGGGUGAUCCAGUUGACCUCCAAGCAGUCGAAGCGGUCGACCUCGAAGUCGAGCGAAAUUAAAAAAAUUUUCCAAACCGUUUUUUUGCUUCCUAACCAGUAGUUCUCAUCAUCUGGAGGGUUUUCAGUGUAGUUUCCACCAAUUGCUGGCGUCAAUUUUUAUUUUUAGCUCUGAAAAUCGUCAUUUUUCAAAAAACUUUAAUUUUUUUCUUCUGAAAGAAAAUUUUUUCCGCGUCAGUUCUAUAACUUUAAAUGGUCAAAAAGGAACAUAUUUUGUUUCAAAAUUGGUUUGGACCAAUUUGCUCCGCUAGGAAAAAAGUUUGGUUUUUACGGUGUUUUUUCUACAGUAAGCCUGAAAGUGGGCGGAGCCUAAUAAAACCUGGUUCUAAAUAUUCAAGAGGUUGUCCACUAUCUAUCAUAGCAAGGAGAGCUCUCAGGAACAAAGAUGAAAUUUUUGUACCAAACUUUUUCGCAUUCGUUCGAUUUUCUGGGAGAAUGCGUGUUAAAUUCACGUUCCCCGCCCUAUUACCGCGUUGCGUACGCAACGCUUCGCCUUUGCCAAUCUACCCAUCCGGCUUUUGAAGUCGGGAAGGAUUGAGUAUACAAGAAAAUAGAGGCCUUGCAAUGUAUAUUCAAAUAAGUAUUUAGAUGGUCGUGAAACUUUCUUCAAAUUUGAACUUUAAUUUUUCCAUCAUUACUGAAUCAGACUGCCUUUAAAAUAUGGUUGCUUCCCCUUGCAAAUUCUCUUAUUUAAGUUCAAAUGAAUUCAUAUUUUUGAGUGAUCCGCUCCACUUUGAACGGACAUCGAUUGAUAUGAUAUUUUCCAAGUUUGCAGCUUGGAUAAUAGCGUUCUGUUUCAGGAAAGCAUGAGAAAACAACAGGAACUGGCGGACAGGUACCGCUACGACCUCAAGACUCUCCUUCCCAAGAAACCGUCCCAUUUCGAGCCGAGCGUCGUUUCCAUGAUCAAAAACAACCGACGGCUCAUCGAUUCGGCGAAUCUUUACUACGUAGGGAAUUGCUUCGAAGAAGAUUUUGAUAUUCUAAAAGAACUUCUUCUUCGUUUUUUUCCUCCUGAUUUUGUCGGGCCAACAGUUCACUUUCAUUUGCAGUAGUAUAGUUGAUUCGAUCAUAAAAGUCAAAAUGAAGUCUUGCCGAUCAUUUUAAAUGAAAAACUCUUCAAGCCAGGCGGUAAAUUUGAUAAAAUUCACACUUUAAAAAUAGAAAAAAAAUAGAGAAUAAUCUUUCAUGGCUAUUGUCUUCUUGGAAGUUGUAGAACAGCAAAGUGAAUUUCAUUUACUACGACUUGAGACAUUCCAACCUGUCUGCGCCCUCUUUUCUCUCAUCUGCGAGGUCAUAAACAUAUGGAAUUAGUCCUUAAAAAGGAAACCGUCAGAAAAAUUAGACAGUGCAGAGAAUUCAGACUGGGAGGAAUGACCUUUUAGGAUGAAAAAAUACCAAAAAUGUCCGAUUUUUCAGAAAUACCGAGCUGUUGGCGCCGAAACUUGGGCCCAAGGCGUCGAUCCGGAUCUGACUUUUUCUCUCAUCAGUUACCUGGUUUGCAGUCCUAUCAAAGGUUUCUUUGAUGGCUGACGGACAGAAAUAAUAAAUUUCACUUUUAAGGGGCGAUUUUGGUCUUCCUCCCCGGCUAUGAAGACAUUCAGGCGCAACGGGAUCUGGUACUUUUUGGUCCUCACUUAUUUUUUUUUCAAAUUUUCACUAUUUUAGCUGUAUAGUUACAAGCCGGAUGGAACAAAUGGCUACGAGAUGAUUGAAGUCUACCUAUUGCAUUCACAGAUGAACUCUACGGACCAGCAGAAAGUUUUCGACCGACGGCCUUCCAACAUUCGUAAAAUCGUUCGUUUUUCGCUUUUUUUUUUCGUGUUUCUGAUGGAAGAAAGGUAGAUACGAAAAGGUUUUGGGUCCAGUGCGAGAAAAAAAUCGACCGGUUUCUGGUCUCCCCUCGAGGUAAAAAAAGAAAAAAAUGAAGAGAAAUGAAUAAAUACAUAGUGAAUGAAAGAAAAUAUUUCAACUUCAGUGCAGGCCUCCGCAUUCUAGUAAGAUCGUCCGUUUGAUAGAUUACAAGCUUGAAAGGUUCAUUAGAACUCGAACAGCACAUUGAAGAGAUGAUUAUUAUUUGUUUGACUUGUGUAUACCCUUCCUUGGAAAAACUUCACUUUACAGAUUUUGUCGACCAACAUUUCGGAAGCUUCAUUGACCAUUGAUGACGUUGUUUUUGUUAUCGAUACUGGAAAGGUUUUUUCUUCAGAUGAGUCAAAAAAUUGUCUAUGUUUCAGGUCAAAGAGAAGGUCUACGACCACAACAUGAAGUUCAGUCAGCUGAAAACAACUUCUAUUGCGAAAAGCAACGCUGAACAGCGGGCUGGUCGGUUUUACAGAAAGAUUCAAGUUAGCUGAGGGGAUUUCACCGUAAAAGAUUACUUUUCAGUUUCUACUUCUAAUCUCAAAAACUCGAUGCCUAGAUUUUGUUUAUUUCAGAGUUUGAAAAUAAGGAAAGUAUUGCUCUCAAAAGGGAAAUUUGCGAGGUGAACAUCGCAGAUUUGGUCCGAGCUCCUAUGUUAAUUGUUCUUCGUUGUCGAAUAGUCAGUUUUUGGAAUCUUCCAGGCCGUGCGGGACGUUGUUCUGAGGGUUACUGUUUCCGAUUGUACAGCCGAAAAGAGUACGACGCGAUGCCGACAACGCAGAUCGCCGAAAUGCAGAGAUCUGCCAUUCAUGUGGGAAAUUACUCUGUUUUUGGUUCAAUUUUGAAAUUUCAUCAUAAAAAAACCGAUUCAGAACCGUAAAGAAGGCUUUUUUGAAUGUUUGAUUUCCCUCUUUCCUAUUUCUUCAACCACCCUGCUAUAUAUGUUUGAUAGCUUAUUGUGGUUUUUAGGACGUCUGCUUGCAUGCCAAAAUGUUUGCACCCGACCGGAUACGAGUUGCGGAUUUCUUGAAAUCGGCGCCAGAACCGCCGUCGGAACAGUCCAUCGAGCAGAGUCUGGAAUUCCUUGAGGUUUCUGAAACAGUAAAAAUAUAAUAACUUAUUUUCUCCACCAGAAAAUCGGCGCCUUGUACUCGGAAGCGAAAACCAACGACUUUUUCAACGACCUUCCCGCCAAGGAAGAACCUCAGCUGACGGAUUUGGGCCGUCUCAUCGCCCACAUGCCUUUGGAACCUCAAUUAGGUUAAUAUCAACUUUUUUUUUGUUGAUUUUGAUAAUUCUGUGGCUUCUCAUGUAUGAAGAAAGUACGUACAGAAAUAAUUUCAUGCCCACAACUUCCUUGUACGGAGCUCAACCUUUCUGAAACUUUACAAACUCCGUUUUUUUUUUCCUGCGAACUGAAGUUUCAAUAUAACGUUAAAAUUAACGGUCAUCGCAACUUCAGAAAACUCCAGAAAGAUUUAAUUCCAUACAAGAAAGUUUUAUUUAGAAUUGUUUUCUUCUCUACUGGCGGAACUGUAAUUUUGAGCUAGAGAUUUGGAAAAGUUGCUCAACGGCUAUUUAAGACCUACCUAAGCUUUCAGUGACAAAAUUGAAGAUUUUUAACGCCAAUAAUCGUAAAAAUUAUCUAAAAAUACAUCUCAUUAAGCAUAUUAUCAGACUGAAGGAAAAAGCUCUUGUUUUUUUCAAAAAUUCUUGUUGCUGUCAUUUCCGUUACUUAUUCGUUCCUGUCACAAAAAAAAACGAAAACUUGGUUUUCGACAAGCUAAAAAAAACUUUUAAGAAGUAUCUGAAUCGUCUAGAAGAUUCGAUUUCCCUGUGAGAAUCGAACGUUCAUAAAUUUUUAAUUUUUUUAAAUUUUUUUCUUGAGCUUGUUUUUUUUCAGCCCGAUUACUUGUCUUCGGCGUCGCUCUGAAAUGUCUCACUCCUAUCGUUGGCCUUGUCGCUAUUCUGUCCAAUAGAGACCCUUGUGAGUUCACAUCCGAACUAUUUUCAACACUUUUCAGGUUUUCAAAAUAAUAUUCACCCGUUUCAGUUAUCAUCCCCGGUCCAAACGAGCGCGAAUCGGCCAACAGAAGUCGUGAUUCGUUUGCUCGUCGCGACUUUUCAGAUCAUUUGAUGCUCAUUCGGUUGGUUUUUAGGAAUGACUGAAACUGGGUUUAGUAGUUUUGUAACAAGAAUAAUAUCUGAGAAAAAAUGUCAUGAAGUUAUCGGUGAAAAUGAAAUUUGUCUGAUAAUUAAUGGAAAUAAUGAGGUUGUAAAAGGAACUUUAAAGUUUUCUGUGAUCCAGAUUGAAAACUAAGUUUGAGCAGGAAUUGAUCAGACUGAACUUUUUCUUGACGUUCUUGUGUUUUUUAUUUUCAAUCAAAGCUUCAAUUUGCUCCAUUGGCCUACGUUUUCAGAGCUUAGUAACGAAUUCAAGUUGGAAAAAGUUUCAUCGUUCAGUGUUUCGUGGAGUGUCACAUACAAAUGAUAAUUCAUUAAUUUCUCAGGCUUCUCGACGAAUAUAUCAGAGUGCCGAUGAGAGAGCAGCAACGGUUCUGCCGGGACAACUUUCUCAACUUCAGCAGCUUGAGAAUGAUCUUCGGCAUUCGGUUUGUGUUUUCAUUUCUUCAGAUUGUUUGUUUAAACUGUUUAUUGCAUCUUCAAUGUAAGAGUACAUGUGCAAUCGACUUUCAUUGAGUUAACUGUGUUUUAACGGCGGCAGGAGCUGUGGCUUAGGCCGAGAAGCUGUGAAUUUGGCUCGUAGAACAUCAGGUACAAGAGAGGUCGUAGGAAGAAGUACGGUGCCGGCUUUUCAAAGGCCGAUGGCAGAGAUUGAGCCUUUUCGCUGCAUGCAGCUCCCAAUUUUAUCUACUCCGGAGGGAUGAAAGGCUUGGUCGACCUCGGGGGGACUCGAACCUACGAUCUUGCGGACGUUAGAAAUGAGUUAUGCCAGCUGAGCUAUGUCGCCCCUUCAGAUUACACUUCAGAAUUUUGUAAUAGAAACGAGACAAGAAAAAUAGGAAUAGAAAUGCAAAUUUGAAAAAAUUAUAUAGGAACUUUAUAGAAAUGGAAAAAAACGAAUGAACUUUCAAAAAAAAAAGCGGGAUUCUAGUAUAGCAUAUGCAAAAUUGCAUCUUUGUAGCUAUCGCCGUUUGACCUUUAUUCUUUUUUUUUUGGUCUACUGCUGAUUGAAAAUUCUUAGGCCCAAUUUCUUACCAAUUCAAAUUCUAUCGUUAAAACUUGAGGGAAUAGUUUAAAAAGUAAAUGAUGAAAAAUUGGUAACAAAGUAUAUGUUGAGAGUUGAAUUUUCGGCUGUUUUUAAAAUGACUUGUGUUUGAGAAAUAAAAAUUUCUAGCACGUAAAAAGUUUCUGUUUUUCAUAAUUUUAUGUGAAGUUUGUUCUGCGAUUCACUUCGUUAUAAGCAUUUGCAGACGUCAACUCUUGUUGGAGCUGUACCGAGCGAAACUCAUCGAUAUCAGUGACCCGAACGCGGCUUUGAAAGACUUCAACUACAACCUGUUCGUUCCAGUUGCCAUGAACUCUUUAUAUUUUCUUUCUCUUCCAGUUAUUCCGAAUGUUGGCCGGUGGUCCAGGCGGCGAUCGUGGCGGGGUGCUAUCCCAACAUCGGAAUCGUCAAAAAUCAGAACAAGCUCAAGAAGAUCCAGACCUUGUAAUUUUUUUUUGUUAGUAGUGAAAUAGAGUAACGGUCCAUUAUAACUACAGAUCCAAAGUCUUCUUUUUUUCGUUUCGGCGACUUUUUUCAGAAUCUUAAGUAUCAUUUCAUUCAGAGUUUUUAUUCAAAGUAUCAGGCGUAGAUCUAUUUUUCAAAAAAAGAGAAAAACUGAGCUUGAUAAUUAUGGAAAAAUUUUUUCACGAGUAAAAAUGGAGGUUAAGUAGAUUUAUGGAAUGAAGAGUCUUCACCCGAAAAAAAGAACCAAUUUUCCUAUUAGAUUUUUAUAAAAAUUUCCCUUUUUUCUGUUUUCUCGUUUUAACGUAUUUUCGUGCUGAUCAGGUUAAAUUUCGCGCAUCCUUUUAUAAACGAGUAUCAUGUCCUAAAGCUUCAUUGAUGUUCGAAUUUUUUUAGAAGAGUUUUUUGACAAAAAUAUACACUUAUCAAGUCUUCAGAGAAGACUGUCUGCUAAAUAAGGAAUAAUUGAAGACUUUCCGGUUCCUGAAACUCUCGAUGAUCAGAAACGGCGCGUAGAUCAUCAAGUCUUUUUGGUGAUAGUAGUAGAGGGGUUUUGAGCGUCUCGACAAUCACUGAUUUCCCAGUUCUUUUUGUAUCACAUUAUUUCUAUCACUGUUUUCUUUGUUUCAGGGCCGAAAGCAACGCGACGCUCCAUCCUUCGUCCAUUGUCAAGCGCCAAGUUCUCAACAAAGGCAAAAGAAUCGAUGUGAGAUUUUCUUUGUUUUCUUUUGAAAACUAUUUCUUAAACUUUCCGGAUCUCUACAAGGUGAUACUUAUCUAUAAUUUUUCGAGACUACACAAAAAAGUUUUGAUAAAUGUUUGAGAUAAUUUCGCAGGAAUUUUUGUUCGCCUAACACUAUUGAUAGGACUUGAGAAAUCAAUAUUGUGAUCACUGAAAUAAUGAAAAAUAUUUUUCAGGAGGAAAACGAACCUUCGUUGGAAUUCCUGGCCUUCCACGAGCUUGCCAUGAUUGAUGAGGGCUUGACGGUAAGCUCUCCAGUUUUCUUUCAGUUUUCAAGUUUCGAAAAGUUUAAGUUAACCUGUGAAAGGUUAAAGCUGUUUUAUUAGCCUGAAAUUUCUCCGUAAUGAAUUUAUUGAAAAAUCUUCUGUGUAGGAAAAAUUGAAUGGUAUUCAAGUUUAGAUAGAAUUUUUUCCCCGGUUUUUUGUGGUUCGAAAGUUUUCUAAAUAAAAGAAGCUCAUAAUUGUGAAGUUUCAUUUGGCCCUUCUGCACGUAAUAGUUUCAGGUUCGAAACGUAACGGUUGUCCCUUCAGCGACAGUGACGUUGUUCUCCGGAGCCAUUCGCCUCAAACACAGCAUCAUUCACGAUUUCGGCUUGAGUUCGUCAUAAAAUUCAUUCCUCUUUCGAUGUCUAUUGCUUUGAGAGUUCUCAACUAGAUCUCUAAAAAUUGUUCAGACUAUAGGAAGUUCUUUUCAACUGAAAAAAACCUCGCAUCAAAAAGUAAAGAUGAAAAGAAAUAGAUGGUGAAAAAACAUUGAGAAACAUGAACAUUUCCAGUCAUCGGCGAGUUCGAAGCGGAAAUGCCGCCUCCGAAAGAUCCCGAAGACCGAUAUUACGACAACAGCGAGUAUUACGAGAUUGAGCCCUGGUACAGCGUCAAGGCAGAUCGUGAAGUCAGUUUUUUUUUUCUCCUUGAUUUUUCGAGGAGGUUUUACGGUCAAAAGGAAGCACCAGAAAAAUAUUUCUGAAAAUCCAUAAAAAGCAAUUAAAAAUUAAUAUCCAUUUUUCCUUAUGCAGAGUAUUGAAAGAAAGCUUAAAAAAAGUUUUCAAUAGCUCAAUUUAGAUAAGUCGAAAACUUGAACUUCUUUUGCUCCUGCUCAGGACACCCAAUUGAACACAACGAAAACUUUAUUUAAAAAAAAUCAAAACAAAAAAGGUUAGGGCAAAAAAAAAAAUGAAUUGACAACAACGUAAGAGCUUGGUUAACCCGGAAAACUGUUAUUCUUGGAUGCAAGUAUGAAAAUAUGAAGGCAAAAAGGAAAAACAAGAAAAAAAACAAGAACAAAUAGACCAUAAGACUGGUGUGCUGGACAGGCGUGAGAAAGAAGAAUCUUCAGAAUGAAACGCAAGGCUAG